UGACGCAGCAUCUGUGUACAGAAACUGCGAGGAGGUCGAGCUGCUCUAUGUGGGCGUCGUACGUAACGAACUCUAUUUCAUAGUCAAGUAACUGUCAUAUAAAAAGCAAAAAUCAUGGCUCUAGCAUUAAAAGAAAGAUUCGACAAGUUUCUGCACGAGAAAAACGUCAUGACGGACGUGCUAGCGAAGCUAGAGGCUAAAACCGGAGUGAACCGGUCUUACAUCGCGCUUGCUGUCAUCGCUGUUAUUUCUGUUUACCUCGUCAUCGGUUAUGGCGCUUCGCUUCUCUGCAAUCUCAUCGGAUUUGUCUACCCUGCAUACAUCUCGAUCAAAGCCAUUGAAAGCACUGAUAAAGACGAUGACACAAAAUGGCUCACCUACUGGGUCGUGUAUGGUGUGUUUAGCGUGGCCGAGUUCUUUGCUGACAUUUUUCUGUCCUGGUUUCCAUUCUAUUACAUAGGAAAGUGUGUCUUCCUGGUGUGGUGCAUGGCUCCAACACCCUCUAACGGCUCCAUACAGAUCUACACACGCAUCAUUCGACCCUUCUUCCUAAAGAACGAGGCCAAGAUCGACACCGUGGUGAAGGACAUCAAAGACAAGGCAUCGGAGGCUGCAGAUAAAUUUAAAGAUGAGGCCAAGAAAGCUACUGCAAACAUCAUCUUUGAGGAGAAAAAGAGCUCCUAAGCAGCUGCGAGGGAGGCACCAAGCUGAAAUGCACUAUUGGUACACAUCCCCAUGGAAGGUCAUGGGCCUGAAUAAACGUUGCCUUUAUUUUCUGUGUGCGUCUUUGUAAACAACUGGAAUAUUUGUAAUGGUUUUGCUCAAUUGUUCUCUCCGUACUAAUAGCAGUGCCUGCAAGAGAGUUCAAUAUAUUUUGAAUUCUGCAAGAGAGUUCAAUAUAUAUAUAUUUCACAUAAUACCAGUGAUGCUCGACCGCUGUGCUUCAAUCCCAAUAAAUGAAUGUCUUACCUCCUA